AUGGUAACCUCUUGGAUUCUGAAUUCCUUGUCACCUGAUCUAAGAGAUAGUCUGCAGUAUGUUAACAAUGCACAUGAAUUAUGGGCUGAAUUGGAGGAAAGAUAUGACCAGACCAAUGGUUGUAAGUUGUAUCAGCUUCAGAAAGAAAUCAAUGAUCUUGUUCAAGGCACUUUAGAUGUCACUGGGUAUUACACAAAGAAGAAAAAGCUUUGGGAAGAAAUGAGCACCGUUGAUAUGAGUUCUCAGUGCAAUUGUGGGGGUAAAGUCAAAUUGAUCAAGGUUGAGCAGGAUAGAAGACUCAUACACUUCCUAAUGGGGCUAAAUGAGAUGUAUACUGCCAUCAGAGGCAACAUUCUCAUGAUGAAUCCUUUACCUAGCAUGGCUCAAGCUUUUGCCAUAUUGUCCCAAGAAGAAAAACAGAGAGAAAUGAAGCCUCACAACCACACUGCUUUGGAUUCCACUUCCCUAAAUGCUUUUGCUUCAACUCACAACAAUGCAGAAGUAAAGGGUCUCAAAACCAACUAUAGUUCUUCUAAGGGACAUACAGGCACCUCUAGAAACCUGAAUAACACCAACAUGAUUAGAGGGAACUCUAGUACCAGCAGGUCUACUUUGUUUUGCGAUUUCUGCAGGAGAUCAGGCCACACCAGGGAAAGAUGUUACAAGUUUCUUGGGUAUCCACCCAACUCCAAAUUCUCUAAAGGCAAAAGUUCCAAUUCUGCAAUGGCAAAUGUGUGCAGUAGUGAGACUGAUGGAAACCACUGUGAGAAAGACGCUAAAUUGAGGAAGCACAUGCCAUUGAACGACCAGUAUGAACAACUAUUGAAUCUCUUGGGAUCUCUACAAGCUAGACGUGAAGCUUCCAACUCAGACAGUAUGCUAAGUGGAGUUGUGAACCUAACAGGUAUACUUGCUUGUUAUUCUUCCAUUACUGAGGACCCUUCUCUAAAGAGCCCUCUGGAACUUGGUAGAGCAAAGAAUGGCCUCUAUUUCUUGUGUACAGAAUGA